AUGGGCGACUGGCUACUCAAGUUCAGGGACAUGAACACAAAAGGAGGAAAAUAUUACAAAUAUGAACUAACAAGUCCGAGCCGAGCGAGUAAGCGGGAGACCGGUAGCACUUGCAGAGUGGCUGACCAACUGACUGCAGAGCAGACUGCAGAAGUCCAAGAAGCUUUUUCACUAUUUGACAAGGAUGGUGAUGGAACUAUAACAACAAAGAAAUUGGGAACUGUAAUAAGGUCUCUUGGGCAGAAUCCCACAGAAGCAGAGUUACAGGGCAUGAUUAAUGAAGGAGAGGCUCAUGGUAACGGCACAACUGACUUCCUGGAAUUUCUGACAAUGAUGGCAAGAAAAGUGAAAGACACAGACAGUGAAGAAGAAAUUAGAGAAGUAUUCUUUGUGUUGGAUAAGGAUGGCAAUGGCUAUAUUAGUGCCGGGGAGCUUCGCCAUGUGAUGACAAACCUUGGAGACAAGUUAACAGAUGAAGAGGUUGAUGAAAUGAUCAGGGAAGCAGAUAUUGAUGGUGAUGGUCAGGUAAACUAUGAAGAGUUUGUACAAAUGUUGACAGCAAAGUGAAG